CGAUCUAACUACACAAUUUCUACGUUAGCUCUUCAGUCGCCGGACGUUCUCUGGGAAUCCAACUCCGAAGCAAUUCUUCCCAGGGUAUCUUACUUCUUUCCCGCUCUCUCUUCUCUGUGAAUCACUUUCGUUUGCUUCUUGCUUGCGCUCUUCAAUUUCAAUCUGGAUUUUCUUGAUUAUGUCAUUUCUGGAUUCUGGGAUGAAAUGGGCAUUGUGUUCAAAUGCCAGAUCAUAGGUCUUUUUCCUAUUUUGAUCGAGCUUUCUCUGAAAUUAGUUUGGGAGUUACGUGGGGCUCACUGGUGAGCUGAGGAUUUCAAUUUUUGGGUCCAAUGCUCAUGAUUAAUCCAGGAAAUGUGCAGCGAUUGAGAAUUCUCGUCGGUGCUGAGUGGCUUCUUUAAUGCUCCACAAGUUCGUUAAUUUUGCACAUUGCAUUACUUUUAGGUUUUCACUAGGGUUUCUGAUUGAUGUUGCUACUGGAGUUUCUGGUUGAUAAUUCUGGUGCGUGGGGUUUUGGUAGAUCAAGAUUACUGAGUGUUGUUGUGUGUACAAUGGCUGCAGGACAUGGGUUUGUGGACUUUGUUAGAGGGGUGUCUGCUACUUGCAAAUGCAUUAGCCAUACUAAACGAAGACCGUUUCCUCGGACCUAGAGGAUGGAGCUUCUCUGAAUUCUCGGAAGGCCGAACAAAGUCUUUCAAGGGGCAGCUUAUAGGUCUUAUUUACGCAACGCAGUACAUGAGAGUUCCCCUCAUCAUACUCAACUCCAUAUGCAUUGUUGUAAAGCUUGUGUCUGGGUGAAAUCUCCUGCUGCUAAGGUAAGUAAAAUGAACCCAGAAGACACUCAUAAAGUUGGUUAUAUGUAUUGGCAUCUGAAAGUUCGUUGCCCUCAACUAGAUUAGUACUAGCUAACCGGGGCCAUAAUGAUGUAUGUCUGACCGACCAUUAGCAGUUUGUCCGUUGCUGUAAGACCAACUUUGCUAUACUUUUUGUGCAUAUAGCGUGCUAAGUCGAGGUUAUAUAUCGUUAUGUGGGUUUAGUGAGUAAUAUUGCCCUGCGUCUGCAUUUUAGUUGGAGAGUGAACUGAAUCCAUGCGUUAUUAUGACAAGUAUCACACUUUAACUGGAUGAAUAAGUUUUCUCAACUGAUUUUCAUUCAUUGCUCUCCUUUCUCUUCGUUGAAUAGGGGUCUCCCCUCAUUUUCGUGCAGGAUUGUGACAGGGGGCUGAAGCACACACGGUUGGAGAGGUUGGUUACAGUGUUCGUUGUAUAAUUAGUGCUUUUAGGACGGUUUUGCCCUGCUUUUCUUUUUAAGAACAACCAUUAGUUGUAGAGAUGACGAUGUAAUGGAGUUUGAGGUUCUUUUCUUGUGGUAUUAUAUGAAGAGUUUUUGAAAUGUUAACUUUAUACCUAGUGUACUUUCAGUUAUGGCCUUACCGGUGGUCCGAAAUAAUGUAUCUCCUCCUGAUUGACUCAGAAGACAAGUUGAGACGUCUAGUUAGUUUGAAGUAUUUGCCAGUGUACAUUACUGCUCAUUAUACAGAGGAAACACAUGUAAACUAAAUAGAAGACAUGCCUAAUUUUGUUCUAAGUCACAAACACCAAACCCUCUGAAUCCCUCCAUUCUUCCUGCUACCCUGAAAACCAAUCAUAGGCAUAGCACAUAGCAGUGGCAGGACAUUUCUUGUGCUUUAGUCUGUUUGUGCUUACAUUUUCAAUCUUUUUUCUUGAUUGGUACAGUUGAAUCAAUGCAAUACCCUGCCAUUGUUGUCUCACAUUGUACAUUCUCGGAGCUACACAAUUUUGUUCUCGCGGUUAUAUGAAUUAGUGACACAGAGGAAGAAGAAUAUAGAAACGUUGAAGCAAACUAUGCAAUUUAUCUUACUUGUAGUGUAAGUAAAGAUGAUGUAACUUGACUUGUGUUGGAAGGAAAUAAACUCAUGCUUUGCUUGUAGACGAAGAGUCUACUAGAUGAGACUAUGAGAGUACAUGGACAGUUUUACUUGAUAAUGUCUCUGGUUUGCGCACCAAUUUGAGAUCUUCCCUUUGGAAAUUUUAGAUAAUCCACCACAACAAUGCCCUAAACCCUAAACAUUGCAACAUUUUAUUGCAAAACGGCUAACAAAAUUUACAAUCAAGUUAUAAUUAAACUUAAUCUGUCUAAAAAAUGAAGUUAUAAUCAAACUCAAUAUUGAAUGGUCUCAUGAUCCACCUCAGCAAUCACCAUUUGGCUCAGACGGCUAGGCCCGAGCUUCUUCUUCCUCAUCAUCACACUACUCCUCCUCCUAAUAAUCUCCAUUUGAUUUGUCCUUCUCCUAACCUCCAUCAUUGCUUCUUCUUCGAGCACAAAUCUCCUCAUAAGCACAUCGUCAUUCAAAGAUUGCCCCCGAAAAAGCGACCUCCUACCUUCCGUGCUAAGCCUGGCAGGAUUCGGUUGCGGUAUCAUUCUUUCUUGCGGGACGAGAAACGUUUUUGAUGAUCUAGGGUAACUGUUGCUUCUCCUCGGUGGGAAAUCAGCCUGAAACACUUUGUUGUAAGACGAGAUGGGUGCACAGAGACAAACCCUAGUGAAUGAGGUUGCAACUCUCAUGGAUGUGCACUUUCUUAGCUUGUUAAUUCCUUUGCUAGGGUUGUUGGUGUUAUUGGGGUUGGUUGUAGGGAAAAGUUCUUUGGAUGAUUUUGUAGUGGGAGAUCUCCACAAUCUUGGAGUGGAAGUAAUCUCUUGGGACCUUGGAAUGACUCUCCAAUGAGAAGCCAUGUUUAGGGCUUUUUGGUACCAGGUGGGUUUCCUGGCAUUCAAGAAAUGCAAGUCAUUCAUAUUGAUACAACUUCAAACAAUGAUGAUACAACUUUUUCUAAUGAAUUAAAUUAAGAUUCAUGAACCCAUCUAGAACAAUGAAUUAUUAUAUAUAUGGGAUGGAAAUAACUUAAAACCUAAUUUAAAUUUCUUCAAUUGACUAAAAGAUUUCCUUGCCUUUCUUAAUUAGGAGAACAGUUCAAGCUCAACAACUUCUGACCAAAAGCAAUGAACUUGCAAAAUAACUAAACGGUUUGGGUUACUUAUAAAAAUAUACCAUAACAUUAAACAAUGAAUAAUGUAUUAGUGGUUGAUCCAUUCAAAAAGAAAUGUCAAUUGGUUCAUUGGUUGGGCUUCAUUGAUCAUGCUAACAUGGCUAAACUUACUCUUAUUACUCUUAGAACGUCUGUUUGUGCUCUCUUUUUUCCCACAAAUAUUCACUUAUUCUAUAUAAAUCGUCAGUGUUCAUACCCGAAAUCACAAUUAAGAAAAAAACAAUAAUAAUCACAAUCACACAAUCAUCAAGGUAAUGCACAAGUAUUGAAUCCACUCGAGGUAGUGCACAAUCCAUCACUUCAAGUUCAAAUCAUGGGACCCACACCGAUCACCGACGCUUAACGAAAAUCGAGCCAGCAAAUACAAAUGUACAAGCAACACUUACAAACUCAUAUCCCCAUGCACACAAUCCAUCCAAACCCUCACCUGUUGGAAAGAUGAAACAUAGGCAAAGUACCUUGAGCUCUGUAGGGAGGAGGUGUCUGCUGGAUCUUGCAUAUGAACAUAAGAAAGAAGAUGAAGAAUGGAGAUACAGAACAAAAACAACAACAACAACAACAAGAAGCAGCAUCAAUGGAGGAGGAAUGUUGGGGGAAGGGAAAUGCUGAUGAGAAGAGAAAAGAAAGGAGACAGUUUAAA